GCUCUCCCACCCCCGGCCGAGGGAGAGCAACUCCCUAGCAGGGCGCGCCGCCGAACUGGCGAAGGAGGAGGAAGCGGGAGGAAGCCGCCGCCGCAGAGGGACCGGGAGGCCGGAGCGCAGCUUGCGGUCCCCGCAGGGGCGGCUUCUGCAGCCUCGGGGACCUGGCGUUCGGGGCUGCGCCGCUCCCUUUCAAUGAAGAUAUUCAGAUGUUGCUUUAAAUACCCCCUACAGCAGAAAGUUUUCAUCCUGUGUUUAACCCUGUGGCUGCUCUCCUUGUUGAAGCUUCUAAACGUAGGAAAACUUCUCUUCCCUCAGAGAGGCGUUUAUUUGGUCGAAUACGCCCUAAGCACCUCCCCUUUUGUGAGGAACAGAUACACCCACGUUAAGGAUGAAGUCCAGCAUGAAGUCAGCUGUUCCGGUGUCUACGAGCAGGAGCCUUUGGAAAUUGGCAAGACCCUGGAAAUAAGAAGAAGAGACAUCAUCGACUUGGAUGAUGAAGAUGUUGUGGCAAUGACCAGCGACUGUGACAUUUAUCAGACCCUAAGAAGGUACCGUCAAAAGCUUGUUUCAAGAGAGGAGAAAAGCUUCCCAAUAGCCUAUUCUUUGGUUGUUCACAAAGAUGCAAUUAUGGUUGAAAGGCUGAUCCACACUAUAUACAACCAGCACAAUAUUUACUGCAUCCAUUAUGACCUGAAGUCACCUGACACCUUCAAAGUUGCCAUGAACAAUUUAGCUAAGUGCUUCUCCAAUAUUUUCAUUGCUUCUAAACUAGAGACUGUGCAAUAUGCCCACAUUUCCAGACUCCAAGCUGAUUUAAAUUGUUUGUCAGACCUUCUCAAGUCUUCAGUUCAAUGGAAAUAUGUUAUCAACCUGUGUGGGCAAGACUUUCCUUUGAAGUCAAACUUUGAAUUAGUGUCAGAGCUGAAGAAACUCAAUGGAGCAAAUAUGUUAGAGACGGUGAAACCCACUAACAGUAAAAUGGAAAGAUUCACUUAUCACCAUGAACUCAGACAGGUGCCUUAUGAGUAUGUGAAGCUACCAGUCAGGACAAACAUCUCCAAAGAAGCACCCCCUCAUAACAUUGAGAUAUUUGUUGGUAGCGCUUAUUUUGUUUUAAGUCGAGCAUUUGUUAAAUAUAUUUUCAACAGCUCCCUCGUUAAAGACUUUUUUGCCUGGUCUGAAGACACAUACUCGCCUGAUGAGCAUUUUUGGGCUACCUUAGUUCGGGUCCCAGGAAUACCUGGGGAGAUUUCUCGGUCCGCUCAGGAUGUGUCUGACCUACAGAGUAAGACUCGCCUUGUCAAGUGGAAUUAUCAUGAAGGCCUCUUCUAUCCCAGUUGUACGGGCUCUCACCUCCGAAGUGUGUGUAUCUUUGGGGCAGCUGAAUUAAGGUGGCUUAUGAAAGAUGGACAUUGGUUUGCUAAUAAAUUUGAUUCUAAGGUGGACCCUGUCUUGAUUAAAUGCUUGGCAGAAAAACUUGAAGAACAACAGAGAGAGUGGAUCACUUUGUCUUCAACAAAGCUAUUUAUGGGUAAAAAUCCCACAGUCACAACAUGAUAAAGUCACGAAGGAAACAAGGUGGAGUUAAUAUGGAGUUGUAGACUCUGCCGUGUCCAGGACCAGCUGAGCUUAACCGUCUCAUCUUUUGAAAGGUAUCUGAGAUUCCAUGCACAAGGGAACAUGACUUAGCCUUUGGUGACGAUUAGCCUGCAGUGGGUUGAGUACUUUUGUUUGUUUCUGCCUGUAAUCUCACUGAGCUAAAUCAGCGAUCUUAAACAGUCAUCAGAUAUUUAUUGAGCUCCUACUGUAUGUCGGGUACUUUUCUAGAAAUAGGCAGCGAUUAAAUCCAAGUUUUAAUGAGUUACACAAUGCCCUCAGGGGACUGUGUCUUGCCCUGCUCAUUCAGCAACCUUAAUGUCUUGAGUUCUCCAUGGAACCAUCAGGAUCCUGCUGAGGAGGUUUUGGAGUGUGUGGUAAUCACCCCAUAAACCACCCACUUCAGAACAACAGUGCAGUACAGCGACCAGCACUCCACUUGCCUUGCAAUUCAACCCACUCGACUUUGUCUAACCAAUAGAAUAUUAGAAGGAAAGACUUCACUACCUCAGAAAGAGCUCAAAGAAUUUUCCAGAUUCCUGCUUGCCAAAGCAUAAGUUACCUUUGGGCACCUCACCCAUUCAGUUCAGGUUCGGGAGACUCUGCGGGUGUGGCGGUCCCAGUGUCCGAAUCUCAGGGAGGUGGUGGGGGUAAGUAGGGGGGUCUGGACACACGGUGCCUGAAGAGGAAUGAAGGGAUUUAUAUGACUGUGGCAUCAUGUUACACAGCGGUGUCGUGACAGCCUCCUUUUUAAUUCAGCUGUUUCUUUAAAGCACAUUUACUGACUACAAAUGAGAACUGAUUAAUACUCAAGGCAUUAUAUUCCAGAACAUUGAACCUGAGUCAUCCCCUUCGUAGAUGAUCAUUAGGUGUAAGUUUCCCAAAAUGAAAUUAUGCUACUUCCACAGUAACCCAUCCAGGGUGAGACUCCCUGGAAGACUGAAGUAUUCACGUACUUUUUAAAACCUCUGUGACCUAAAUGUCUGUGAAGUGGACUUGGCUUGUUUUAGAGUUUGUGAAACCAGCUGCCAAGUGGCGCCGAUGUCUCCCUUUCUUGUCUUCAACUUGUUUUUCUUGCUUCCUUUUUCCUGCCCCCUUCACAUUACUUUAUUCUUCAGAAAGCGACAAUUACCAAGCCCUUGUUCUUAAAAAUAAGGGAACUGUUGGGCAGGUAGAGCUGAGUCCUGCAGAAAUCCUUCCUGGGUGUCACUGUGUGUGGCCAUGCCCAGCUGUCACUUUGGUCUGCAGGAGCCCGUGUCCCUGGCCUUUGGACUGAGCACGUGGCUGCCUAGCCCAGUUUCUUCACAAGUGGUGUGUGUAAGUGUGCGUGUGUGCACGCAAGAAUCACGUGAAUAGUGUAUGAAGUGUUUUUAAAACAGGGACAAACUAUUGAAAUGUCAGCAGACAGUUUUACAAUGAGGCUAAGGUCGAUCCAGUGCCAUUGUGAGACUUCACCAUUUACCUUUUCUGAAAAACCUUUGAAACAUAAAAAGAAACCACAAUUGCAGGAGCAACUUCUAUAACCAAAUCUAAGUAUGAAGAAACUCCAGUCACCACCCCGGGGUUCUUCCUGCGGGACUGGCAAGUUGGUCCCGUGGCUAGACUAGGAAGAAGGGUGGAUGGAAGCGCUUUUCCUGCCGUGCAGACUGGAGCACACUGGGUCCUGCCGAAAUUGGGGGUUUCGUGCCUUUGGCCAUCCGAGUACAUGCAGAUGCUGAAAAAUAGAUGUCCGCCUCGUGAACCAGUGUGUUGCCUCUGAUGGGGAAUGAUCCUAUUCCUUGUUUAUUGAGAAGUCUGCCAGUUCUUAAUCAGUCUAAGUCCGUGUUCAAACGACACAGGGAACCGUGAAGAGGUGGCGGCGCCUUUUCUUCCCACCCACAGACACAUUCUUAAAAGUCAGGGCCCCACUUUGCAGGGGGCUGGUCAGAACAGCCCUUGCCUGGGAAUCCUGCAGAAUCCCUGCACGCCUUCCUACCCAAUCCUUCCCUAAAACCUUUUGGCAUGACUCCCUCUGGUCUGGAGAAUGUUCUGCUGUCUGUAUUUUAUAAUUAUUCUUUGGAUAGUAUUUAUAGAAUCUACACUCUAAGUCAUUUGGUGAUGAGACCAGGACCUUGGAGUUUCUAAAUUGUAUGAGAUGAUAUUAAUAACAAAAGAGCUACAAAAUUAUAUAUAUUAUGUGAACAAACUACUGUAAUGUAAUAAAAAUACCAUGUUGCUGCUGUUUUUAAUGUUUUGGUUAUUUUAAGUGAAGUAUUUAUAUAAGUGUUCAAAUUUGUAGAGUUAAAUCUGAAGAUGUCUCUUGCCUUCCAGAAUGUGACUAUUUUAGAUGUAUCUAUGAAAUGACAAUCUUCUUUGGGAAUGUAAGGUGUAUGUACUGAUGCAUGUUACAGCUGUUUUUGUUGUGGUUGAUGACAAUAGAAUGAACGUUUUGAUUUUGUAAAACAUUUUUAUCAACUGAUCUCUGUCUCCCACUGUGUGUAUGUUACCAUUUUCAAAAGACAUUUCUCAUUAUGUGAGUUUUAAAUAGAUCGGUAUUGCAUUUUAUAUUUGCUGCUACCAGAUGUUAAUUCUCCAGUAUUGUAAAAUAAAUUGUGCUCCAAAAACCAACCCCCAGGAAUUUAUGAUGCAGAGAACAAAUAGAAUCUGAGAAAAAGUCACGGUCAGUGAUCUGGGUAAAUUUAUUUUACUUUUUUAUUGUUGUUGCUGCUGUUGUUUCUUAUAGAACAAUAAAGGAAAUUUAAACAGAAACACUUUGUAUUCAUAAUUCUAACAUCCUGACAAACACGUCAUAGCUCUUUGAAUGCUCUUCGAA